AACUUCAAGAAAGAAGAUUCCACCUAAACAUUAGGAAGAACUUCCUGACAGUAAGAGCUGUUCGGCAGUGGAAUUUGCUGCCAAGGAGUGUGGUGGAGUCUCCUUCUUUGGAGGUCUUUAAGCAGAGGCUUGACAGGCAUAUGUCAAGAAUGCUUUGAUGGUGUUUCCUGCUUGGCAGGGGGUUGGACUGGAUGGCCCUUGUGGUCUCUUCCAACUCUAUGAUUCUAUGAUAAAGUUUAUUUUAAAGCUUCUUGUAGGGUUGUUGUUGUUUUACUAUAGUAUUGUUUUAUUUUUCUGUUCAAUGUGUCCUGCUUUGCCACUGUGACAAGAGAAGGAGCACCCUGUGGUCUGAGAAAUACGACUAAUGGAUCCAUAAGCCAAGCUGUUUCAGGGUCUGGGAGGAGAGUUUUCCCUUCCAUCAGGUGCAACAAGACGGGUGUUGAAAAUGGGGUGUCUGUGCCCAGCAGGGGUCUUGGGCCUCUCCCUGAUGGAGGGUGUGGGGAUAGGAGCAAUGAGGCGUCUUUGCCUUGUAAUUCCUGUUCUGUUUUCAAAAGCGCAGACUGUACUGUACAGUAUUGUUUCAGGCCACCCCAGUCUCUAAGCGCUGAGAGAUCACAGGGGUUUUGGAUGCUUUCCCAGAGUUUGUGUUUCCCUUUGGAAUGAGGCACAGAGGAGACUGCGGUGUCUUUAUGAUAUACAAACUGAGCCUACGCUGGAGGGUCUCCCAGCCUCCAAACCCCCAAAAGGUCUUGCUUCUUCUCCUCUCAUAGUUACAGCCUUGGUUGGAUCCCAUCAUAAAUCAAACAUUGCUUUCUGAGCCUCUCCUUGCUGUUUUACUUCUGGCUCACACCAUAGCAAACUCUGCUGUAAAACUCAGGCUUAGUCCUUCCAGCUAUCUAAGAGUUGAAGUAGGGCCCCCACCCACUUAUUGUCUGGCGCAGAGCCCCCUUUCCUUUGUUCUCUUAAUGGCCCACCACCCCGUCAGUCUCCUCAACACGAAGCUAGCCUGGCUUAGCUUUAACGCUUGCUGGAUCCAAGGAUAGAGGGGUUUGGCACCCACAAACCUAUAACAAUAUCUUAGGUGAAAGCGUGCAUAAGCUGUUAUGUAUUAGUGAAAAUAGCAUAAAAUGCAGCAUCGAGGAAAACUAGGAAAUUUUAGUACAGUCCUUUCAAUGAUUGUUUUGUCCUGCUUUUUAAAGGUGAGAUAUACAUCUCAUCUGCCCCCUGUUGUGGCCUGCUGAGUUUGUUGUUGUUGUUUAGUCGUUUAGUCGUGUCCGACUCUUCGUGACCCCAUGGACCAUAGCACGCCAGGCACUCCUGUCUUCCACUGCCUCCCGCAGUUUGGUCAAACUCAUGUUCGUAGCUUCGAGAACACUGUCCAACCAUCUUGUCCUCUGACGUCCCCUUCUCCUAUUGCCCUCAAUCUUUCCCAACAUCAGGGUCUUUUCCAAGGAUUCUUCUCUUCUCAUGAGGUGGCCAAAGUAUUGGAGCCUCAGCUUCACGAUCUGUCCUUCCAGGGAGCACUCAGGGCUGAUUUCCUUAAGAAUGGAUAGGUUUGAUCUUCUUGCAGUCCAUGGGACUCUCAAGAGUCUCCUCCAGCACCAGUCUCUCCCCUUCAUGGAUCAAUGCCUUGUCGUGGCGAAGGGGCUUGAAUAACUCAGAGAAGCUAUGAGCUAUGCCAUGCAGGGCCACCCAAGAUGGACAGGUCAUAGUGGAGAGUUUUGACUAAACGUGAUCCACCUGGAGAAGGAACUGGCAAGCCACUCCAGUAUCCCUGCCAAGAAAACUCCAUGGACAAAGACAACAGGCCUGCUGAGUUGGCAGCAUAUAAAUACUUUUCUAAAUAAAUAAAGUGCUGGUGGGUUUUCAUGAGGGCUUAAGAACUGUUGUGGAAAUGGGGUGAGCUGAAUGUAAGAUUGGGAAAAUGGGAAAGCAAAUUUGAAAGUCUGCGAGAGCAUGGAUAUCCGCGUUGAUGUCUCCCAGCUGCGGAAUCUGGAGAACUGCACCAUCAUCGAGGGCAACCUGCAGAUCCUCCUGUUGUUUACCACCAGCAGCGAGGAUUUCCACCCCUUUAGCUUCCCCCGUCUGGUCAUGAUCACGGAGUACCUCUUGCUCUUCCGCGUCUACGGGCUGGAGAGCUUGCGCGACCUCUUCCCCAACCUGUCGGUCAUCCGGGGGACCAGCCUCUUUUUCAACUAUGCCCUGGUCAUCUUCGAAAUGCCGCACCUGCGUGACAUUGGCCUGCACAGCAUGACCAACAUCCUGAACGGCUCCGUGCGCAUCGAGCGCAACCAAGAGCUCUGCCACAUCUCCACCAUCGACUGGGGACUGAUGCAGACCCCCCACGCCCUGGAGCAAAACAUCAUCUUGCACAACAAGCCCGCGGAGGAGUGUGCCGACGUGUGCCCGGGCAUCCUGGACGUGGAGAAGCCCUGCGUCCAGACCCAGACCAGCCUCAAGGGGCAGCUGGAGUAUCGCUGCUGGACCUCCAGCUACUGCCAGAAAGUGUGUCCCUGCAAAGUGGGGGGUGCUGCCUGCACCAGCUCCUCCGAGUGCUGCCACCCAGAGUGCCUGGGGAGCUGCCACCGCCCGGGAGACAGCCACGCCUGCACUGCCUGCCACCACUUCUACUUCAACGGGCACUGCCUGAGAUCCUGCCCGGAGCUGACCUACGAGUAUGAAGGGUGGCGCUGCGUGACCGCGGAGCACUGCGCCAGCCUGCGCAAGGUGUCGGAGAACCCCCGCGACUCUUCCAAGUUUGUCAUCCACCAGGGGCAGUGCCUCUCUGAGUGCCCCUCGGGUUACAAGAGGAACGAGAGCAGCAUCUUCUGCCACAAGUGUGAGGGGCUUUGCCCAAAGGAAUGCAAAGUGGGCACCAAGACCAUUGACUCCACACGGGCAGCCAAGGACCUGGCUGGCUGCACCCUCAUCGAGGGAAACCUCAUCCUGAACAUCCGCCGGGGAGAUAACCUGGCCUCCGCCCUGCAGGGCAGUCUUGGUCUGAUCGAGACCAUCACGGGCUUCCUGAAGAUCAAGCACUCCUUUGCCCUCAUCUCUUUGUCCUUCUUCAAGAACCUCAAGCUCAUCCGAGGGGACUCCAUGGUGGACGGGAACUACACGCUCUACGUGCUGGAUAACCAGAACCUCCAGCAGCUCUGGGACUGGAGCCAUUACACCCUCUCCAUCCCCGUUGGCAAGAUGUACUUUGCCUUCAACCCCAGGCUUUGCCUGUCAGAGAUUUACCGCAUGGAGGAGAUCACAGGGACAAAGGGCAGACAAAACAAAGCAGAGAUCAAUCCUCGGACCAAUGGCGAUCGAGCCUCCUGCAAGACCCAAACCCUGCGCUUUGUGUCCAACACCACUGAGUCAGAUCGCAUCUUCCUCAAGUGGGAGCGCUACCGGCCCCCAGAGUAUCAUGACCGCCUGAGCUUCAUCAUCUACUACAAGGAAUCGCCCUUCCAGAACGUGACGGAAUACAUUGGGCAGGAUGCCUGCGGUGCCAACAGCUGGAACGUGGUGGAUGUGGAGCUGCCCCUGAACAACGAGCAGGAGCCGGGGGUGGUGCUUCAGAGCCUCAAGCCCUGGACCCAGUAUGCCAUCUUUGUGCGGGCCAUCACCCUCACCACCGCCGAGGAGAGGCGCAACUACGGGGCUCAGAGCGAGGUGGUUUACAUCCGUACCAUGCCUGCAGCUCCAACAGUUCCCCGGGACGUCAUCUCCAUGUCCAACUCCUCGUCCCACCUCAUUGUCCGGUGGAAGCCACCCAGCCAGCCCAAUGGCAACAUCGCCUACUACCUGGUCUUGUGGCAGCAGCUGGCUGAGGACUCUGAGCUGUUUGUCAAUGACUAUUGCCACAAAGGCCUCCGCCUGCCCACCAGCAGUGCAGACACUCGCUUUGACACAGACAACGGCGAAGGCCAGGAGGUUGGAGAGGAGCAGCAGUGCUGCCCGUGUCAAAGCCCUGUGGGGCAAAGCCCCCUGAGGGAUGAAACCGUCUCUUUCCAGAAGAAGUUUGAAAACUUCCUGCAUAAUUCCAUCAUCAUCCCCAGACCCCCCUGGAAAGUCACUUCCAUCAACAAGAUCUCUUACAGGAUCCCAAAGAGGCGCAGGGACACCUUUGCCAUAACCCCUGUUCCUGGCCAUGCCUUUGCCAACACAUCGUCCCCAGAAAUCCUGGGGAAUGGAGUGACCCCAAACCGCACAUGGUCCAGUAGCUCCAAAACUGAGAAGGAUUUCCGCAUCUUUGAGGAUAAAGUGGUCCGGGAUCGGACGGUGAUCUCUAACCUGCGCCAUUUUACUGAGUACCGCAUCGACAUCCACGCCUGCAACCACGCUGCGCAGACUGUGGGCUGCAGCGCUGCCACCUUUGUCUUUGCCAGAACCAUGCCAGAACCUCAAGCAGACAACAUCCCUGGCAAUGUGACCUGGGAGCCAGCGGGGAAAAACCGAGUCCUCCUCAAGUGGGAGGAGCCGAAGAACCCCAACGGGCUCAUCCUCAAGUACGAAAUCAAGUACAGCCGGGAGAGUGAGAAAGUCACCUCAGUUGUCUGCGUCUCUCGCCACCGCUACACUCGGAACGGGGGCUACCUCCUCGACCUCCUCCAGCCUGGAAAUUACUCUGCCAAGGUCCGGGCCACUUCACUGUCAGGGAACGGCUCGUGGACCGGACUGAUCAAGUUUUACAUCCUGGGGCCGGUAGAGGAAGAGGAGCCCGGAAACUUCUAUGUGCUCUUGACGCUGAUGCCCAUUGUCUUGAUGGUGGGGAUCACUUGCCUGGCCGUCUUUGUUUUCUUAUACAACAAGAAAAGAAGCACAGAGGGAUACCCCAGUGGCACACUGUAUGCCUCAGUCAACCCUGAAUACUUCAGCACCUCAAACAUGUACGUCCCAGAUGAGUGGGAGGUGGCGCGGGAGAAGAUAACGGUGCUGCGGGAGCUGGGCCAGGGCUCAUUUGGGAUGGUCUACGAAGGGCUUGCCCAGGACAUCGAACAGGAGGGAGAGAAGACCAGAGUGGCCCUGAAGACGGUCAAUGAGUUGGCUACCACGCGGGAGCGCAUCGAGUUCCUGAAUGAGGCCUCGGUCAUGAAAGCCUUCAGGUGCCACCACGUGGUCCGUCUUCUUGGCGUAGUCUCCCAGGGCCAACCUGCCUUGGUCAUCAUGGAGCUGAUGACGAGGGGGGACCUGAAAAGCUACCUCCGUUCCCUCAGGCCGGAAGCUGAGAAUAACCCUGGCCUGCCUCCCCCAUCGCUGAGGGACAUGAUCCAGAUGGCUGGCGAGAUCGCGGAUGGCAUGGCCUACCUGAAUGCCAAGAAGUUUGUCCACCGGGAUCUUGCUGCCCGCAACUGCAUGGUGUCAGAGGACUUCACUGUGAAGAUUGGGGAUUUCGGCAUGACCAGGGACAUCUAUGAGACGGACUAUUACCGCAAAGGGGGGAAAGGUCUGCUGCCUGUCCGCUGGAUGUCCCCGGAAGCCCUGAAGGAUGGCCUCUUCAACACACACUCGGACAUCUGGUCCUUUGGGGUGGUGCUGUGGGAAAUCGCGACGCUGGCUGAGCAGCCCUACCAGGGCAUGUCCAAUGAGCAGGUCCUGCACUUCGUGAUGGAUAACGGGGUCCUGGAGAAGCCAGAGAACUGUCCACAGAAGCUCCAUGAGCUGAUGACCUGGUGCUGGCAGCAGAACCCCCGCCUCCGCCCCACCUUCGCCCAGAUCCUGGAGAGCAUCAAGGAGGACAUGAGCGCCGCCUUCCGCACCCACUCCUUCUUCUACAGCCUGGAGAACAAAUGCUGCAGCUCCUGGGAGGCUUCAGACACAGAGACGGAGCAUCUACUUCUGAGGGGGGAGGAGGAGGAAGCAGCACCUGAGCUGGCCCCACCCCAGGGUGCCGCCAUCCCCAACGGCAGCCCGCUCCGCGCUCUGGGCCUUGGCAGGGACCCCUUGCAGAGCCAGCCUACAGACUGCUGCCAACCCAAUGGGAAGGUGGGCCUCUGAAGAAGGGCGCCAUCAUGGGGCCCACCUCACAGGAGACCCCCGUUGCCCUCUUUGGGACCUGCUGAAAAGCCAGGAUGCUUCUGGGCUGCCUACUAUGGCGGCUGGAGCAGAGAAAGGACCCCUUCCAGGAGGAGAACCACCUAGUGACACUCCCCUCAGGGUGACAGGGUGGAGUCUCUUUUUAGGAGCAGAUGACUUUGCUGGGCGCUCAUUUUCUUCCCGAGGGCCUUGGCCUGUUCUGUCAUUUCUCCCUUCAGCCACUUUGGGCAUGGGGGGUGCUGUGGGCAGCCUCCUCCCUGCCCCCCCCAUCACUGUGGGCUGUGGCUUCGUGGGGAGCAUUUGCAGUCCUUCAGCUGGGGGUGAACUGGCUCUCCUCAGAGGGACUGCGCAUGCAGCGGCCCAGGAAACAGAGACAUACUUACGCUCCCUGAAGUGGAUCGCUGUGGCAGCCUUGCCCAGGGAUUUCAUGCUCCUUUGUGGGACUGGUGCACAAGUGAACUCCUGGGCCAUGGGGCUAAAACGUGCAGCCAGUGCCUGUGAAGGAAGUUGAAGGCCAAAUGGACUGGCUUUGGGAAGGUCGAAGGAUGGCCAGACUUUUCCACAGCCUAUUCCUGCCUCUGGGCGUGUGUUGGGGAUGAGGGGCCACAAAUGUGUUCAUCCCCACAGCCACUCCAGAGGAGGUUACGUUCUUUCCUUUGUAUCUCACCUCUCUUCCAGAAUGGCAACCAGACUGGCAGACUUUUUUAAAAAUAAAUAAAUAAAAGAGUAACUAACUGCCUUGAGAGAGGCUUCCUGGGGGGUCUCCCAUCCAGUGUGGCCUUACUUUGCAAAGUCCCAGAUUCUGGCCCUGAAGCCGGGGCCUCCUCCCCACUGCACUUUCCCAGCUGUUGCAAGGAUCUCUUCAGACCAAGUGGCCACUUCAGUCCUAACACCUGCUCCUUGUUGCAUAGGAAAUUCUGCCGUUUCACUGGCUUCCCCAGAUGUGGACUAGAAGCACUGGGAGGUCAGUAUUUUGCUGAAGCUAAGCGGGUCCAAGUGAGGUCACUCCCUGGAUGGGGGGAUCCUCUCUCCCUGCAACCAUUUGUGCUGCUUUGGAUUCCGUGCUGGAAGAAAAGUCGGGUAUAAACGUAAAGGCCCCAUCUCUGGAGCUGGCUGUGGGUGGGCGGGCUGCAUGAGCUGCUCUCCCUCUCCCCCAUUACUGCAAAGGUGCUCUCAUUAUUGCUGGAUGUGAACAGCUGCUUCCAUAAAGUGAAGUGCAAGCCCUUGAACUCUGAAUAAACCAGUUUGUUUUCCUGUAGAGGUGUCCAGGUGAGCCCGAUGGGCGCCUCUUUUAUUGGUACAAACCAGCAUUGCGAGAGACAGCUCUGCUAAAACUUGCUUCCAGCGUGAAGAACUGAAACCAACCUCCCUCCCAUAUGAAUUAAGUUUCUAAUGGGACUAGGUGGUUUUAUAAUUAGCCCAACUGCAGCGGUGUGUGUUAAGACGGUGUUGCUGUGGUGAGAGGCUUUAUUCCUCUGCAUCAGCUGCUGGCUCCAUGAAGAUUUCCCCCUCUCACGGACACACGCAAAAACAUGUGUGUGAUAUAAGUGCAUCUGCUCCAGCUCUGGGUGUCCCCGCUGUGCUCAUGUGGCGCCUUCAUAAAGGAAUGUGGGCUUUUGACUGGAAAAGGUGCCCUGUUUCCCUGGUGCAUUGAUCUUUGAAGUCUUUUCAAGAGUUUCUGACAGUGCAAAACUUGGCUUACAGAGAGUAUGUCACCCCUUUGCACAUGGAUUAACAGAUUCCUGCAAGGAAGUCAGGCUUAUGAGUCCUGCUGGCUCAUCCUCAGUGAAGCCCUUUCCUGUUGCAAAAUAUGCAACACUGAAACUGCUUGGACCUUCCAGGAGACAGUUUUGGGAAGGCAAAUUGCAAGCUGUGGUUGGGGAAAGGGAUUCUUGAAACAAAGGGUAGUCCUUGCUGCACCUCGUAAUCCAGAGCGACUGACAGUGCAAACACGCAGGAGGCCCCAAGGUGGUGGCUGCUAUACCUUCUGAGAUGGAAAAGUACAAAAUGCAGAGAGCCGGGGG